AUGGCCAAAUUCGUUGACCGGGCUGUGAACGAUGUUCGUGCGGACUAUACCUGGAAUCGUGUCGGUCGGUUGGCAAAGCGAGGACUGCAAGCCACGCCGGCAACCGCUGCUCAUUACUCUCUCGACAAGUUUCCGAUCAUCGGGUGGCUGCCGAAAUACAACCCUCGAUGGAUCAUCAACGAUGUAAUCGCAGGAUUGACCAUUGGGCUGAUGAUGAUCCCUCAAUCAUUAUCAUAUGCCAAGAUAGCAACGAUCCCAGUCGAGUACGGCUUGGAGAGCGCUUGGCUUCCGCCUGCGAUCUAUACCAUUAUGGGAUCCACCAAGGAUCUUUCGACUGGGCCGACUUCUCUACUCGGCCUAACGACAUCUGAAGUGAUCAAGUCUCUCGGCUCGGAAGGAUACACUCCACAACAGAUAGCAUCGGCAGUAGCGCUCUCCAUCGGUAUUUAUGGCAUCAUUCUGGGGUUCUUGAAUCUUGGCUUCCUUCUAGAGUUCAUCUCGUUGCCCAUACUUUCUGGUUUCAUCUCUGCAGUUGCAAUCACAAUCGGACUCAAUCAGAUGGACUCUCUGCUUGGCGAGGACAACGUAGGCGAUGGAGCGGCGACACAGAUCCACGAUAUAUUCCAGCAGUUACCGAAAGCCAAUGGAUUCGCAUGCGCAAUCGGUUUUGGCGGCAUAGUCUUCUUGACGAUCCUGGACCAGGCUGGCAAGCGUUGGGGCACCAAGAGCAAGAUCAUCUGGUUGUUGUCGAUAAUGCGCGCUUUCCUCUGUCUAGUCCUGUUCACUGGAAUCAGCUAUGCUGUCAACAAGAAAUUCGGGCAGGACAGUGACAAGUAUCUCUUCGAGGUUGUCAAGUUGAAAUCCUCCGGCGUUACAAGGCCUGAGAUACCCUCUGGAGCGCUCAUAUCAAAGGCUUUCUCUCGCAGUAUUGCCGCCUUUAUCGGGAGCAGCUUGGAGCAUAUAGCCAUUGCGCGUGCGUUCGCAGUCAAAAACAACUAUGAGUCCGAUCAGACACAGGAACUCUGUUACUACGGCGUUACCAAUAUCGUAAACUCCUUCUUCCAUAGCAUGGGAGUUGGUGGAGCCAUGAGUCGAACCAGUGUGAAUUCAGCCUGCAAGGUCAAGUCGCCGCUUUCCGGAAUUGUCACGACCGCCGUUAUUCUGGUCGGAAUUUACGGUGCAUCCGAUGCGCUGUACUGGAUUCCGAAAAGCACUCUUGCAGCGAUCAUCAUCACUGCUGUAUGGCCUCUUAUCCAGYCACCAUCAACCUUUUAUCGAUACUGGAAGACAUCUCUUGCCGACUUCAUCUCCUCUAUGAUCGCCUUCUGGGUCUGUCUCUUCUACUCCACGGAGGUUGGUCUCGGUGCCAGCGUUGGUUUCAACAUCGUAUACGUGUUACUCAGGCAGGUUUUCGCACGACCGAGUUCCAUCUCGACCAUCGAAGCGUUGGAGGGACCGGCCACGACGACUGACCUCCCAGAAGAUGUCCGCAUAUUCCGCUUCAAUGAGUCCUUUUUCUUCCCCAACGCACAUCGCGUCAAGACCAAGAUGAUGAACGACAUCCAAACACAUCAUGCCCCCGCUUACAAUGACAGAAAUGGUGUCGAGGCCGAACGAAAUUGGUCCGUCCAGAGAGAGAAGAAUGUUGCUCGGCUCCGCAAGCAGAUGAAAAUUACGGAUCCUAGCAGCUUGCCUUCAAUUGGUAUCGUUAUCCUUGACUUCGGAAGAUGUAAUCACAUGGAUGCGACUGCAAUUACCCAGCUAAAGCAGCUCGUCGUGGAGUUGAAACUCUAUGGCGGUAAAGAGGUUGAGCUGCGAUUUGCCGGAAUGUCUGACUACGUUCGCACUCGUCUCGAACGUGCGCACUUCAGGGUCGUUGACCACGGUCAGCCCGAGGAAGCUGGGGACGAUGAAGAAGAUUCGACCUGGCACUAUUCUAGUGUUAGAUCUGCCGUGACUUUACCAAGGCGGGCGGCUCAUUUGAAUGAUUUGUUAGAAGAAAAGAAGGGAAUGGUUGAGAUUGAAGAAAUUGAGAGAGUCUAA